CGAAGAUGGACUCCACGCUGAAAACCGCGCUUCCCAAGAUCAAUAUUCUGGGACCGGACGACGCGGGCUAUGACGAGGAACGCAUGCGGUGCUGGAACAAAGACGUGAUCCAUCGGCCGGCAGCAAUCGUGCAGCCGACCACGACCGAAGAGGUGAGCCAAGCUGUCAAGGUUGCAUCGAGCAAGAAGCUGGACUUGGUCAUCGCUUGCGGCCGGCACGGCCAUGAUUGCAUGAAGGAAGGCGCGAUGGUGCUGGACCUGGGCAAGAUGACCGAAGUCACUGUCGACAAGAAGUCGAUGACCGUCACUGUGGGCGGCGGAGCCCGCCUCGGUGACAUGGACAAGGUGUGCCAGCAGCACGGCGUGGCGUGCGUGACCGGCACGAACCCGGACACGGGCGUCGUCGGCCUGUCGACGCACGGCGGCGCCGGCUACCUCUCGCGCCAGUACGGCCUCGCCGCCGACAACUUUGUGGCGGCGGAGGUGGUCACGGCGAGCGGCGCGAUCGUGCACGCGACGCCGGCGAACGAGCACAAGGACCUGCUGUGGGCGGUCGCGGGCGGCGGCUCGAACUUCGGCGUGAUCACGGCGCUGACGAUGAAGGCGCACCCGAUGGACCACGUCUACGGCGGCCUCGUGAUCAACGUGGCGCCGACGGUGGCGAUGGCCACGCGCGUCGUGCGCACGUGGCGCGACUGGAUGCCCACGCAGCCGCGCACGGUCUCGGUGAUGUGCGUGCUGCCGUGCGGCGCGCCCGUCGUGCCGAUGGCCGUCGUCGAGAGCGACCAGGCGCUCGUCCCGCAGGCGGCGGGCGCGAAGGCAUCAUUGUCGUGCUCGCCGGCGCUGCAGCAGGCCUUCGGCUCGGGCUGCGGCGCGUUCGGUGCGUGCGUGUCCGUCAAGAUGCUCGGGCGCAAGCAGUACCAUACCGAGCUGCAGCCGCAGCUCGAGGCGAUGCAGGCCGAGGGGCACCACUACAUGUCCUCCGUCAACGUGCCGCACCUGACGGACACGAUGGUGGACGCGCUCGUCGCGGCGGCACGCGUCGACCACCCGGGCGGCGGCGAGAUCAUCCUCUUCUCGCUGACCGGCGCAGUGGCGGACGCGAAGGUGGAGUCGGUCGCCUACGCGGGAGCCGGGCGCGGGAAGAGCACGGUGUGGAUCGUGAUCAUUGGCUCGUGGAAGCCCGACGCCGACGGUGCGAACCGCGCCAAGACGAAGGCGUGGGUGCAGCGCGUGAAGGAGGAGAUGAAGGCGCUCGGCGGCGCGGAGUCGGCGCACCCGCUCGAGGGCAACAUGGACGCCGACCAGGGCGGGCUGGUGCAGCAGGUGUGGUCGUCGAACGAGCUGCGCCUGCGCGAGAUCAAGGCGAAGUACGACCCCGACAACUUCUUCAAGUGCAACCGCAACAUCAAGCCGACCGCCGCGGCCUACCCGGUGCACAGCUGAGGCAAGCUUGAGCGGCUGCGACGGCGCAAAUGUUCCAAACCCGGGUCAUCUAGAAAACCCCGGCUCUAUGAAAUCAACAUGGAGAAAAGAGCAUGGCGUACACUACCUUCGGUGCGAGUCCACACCAUAGGGGCUAUCAUAGGCGCACCGAUUGCCAACGACGUCGCAUGUAGAGUCAUGUCUCAUGAUUUGCCUCUCCACUAGCCGUAGCAGCCUGUGUGUCUGGUUGCGCCCGCGUGCAUAUGCCCCUCACAAUCGCCUCUUCCUAUCUCUCUUCACAGUUUCUCGCCAGUUCUCGCAGAGACCUUGCGCGGUCGUAAUCGUGCGAUCACCCCCCAUGUGGGUGCCCUUUCAGUCAUUCUCUAGUGAAUGAAUUGAAACUCGUCCCCAGUGGAUGUGUCCGAUUUCCGACGUCCCUGCCAAAAUGUGCGUGACGUCCGAUCCUUUGUAAUCGUCUAGAGACGCUGGAUACAUGAGCACGGAGCAGGCCGCUCCCGGCCCCACGCUGCGCCCACGGCCGGCGCGGCCGGCGCAGCCGCGGCCGGGAGCUCAGGCGCUACCUCGGUACCGCUCCGCUUGCGCAUGGUAGCGGCCUACGGUCCGCAUCCUGCCGUCCGGACAACCGAGCCCAACAAUCGGGCAAAUCGCAACUCUCUUUUUGCGCAACUCGCUCGGCCUCGGGGUUUCUUUAAGCCUUUUAGUUAUUGUUGG